UGUCACCCGCAAGGCUCGACGGCCGGCGUGGUGUACCGCGCGGGCGACCGGAACCGCUGGUACCUCGCGGUGGCCGCUACCUACGUGCUGCCGGAGCCGGACACUGCGAGCCGCUGCAACCCCGCGGCAUCCGACCGCGACACGGCCAUCGCGAUCAAGGACACGGAGGGCCGCAGCCUGGCCACGGAGGAGCUGGGCCGACUCAAGCUGCGCGAGGGCAUGGGCAGCCUGCACUUCGUGGAUGCCUUUCUCUGGAACGGCAGCGUCUACUCCCCCUACUACCCCUACAACUACACGAGCGCCGCCGCCACCGGCUGGCCCAGCAUGGCGCGCAUCGCGCAGAGCGCGGUGGUGCAGUUCCAAGGCCAGGCUGCCCUCGACUGCGGCCAAGGCCACCCCGACGGCCGCCGUCUGCUCCUCUCCUCCAGCCUAGUGGAGGCCCUGGAUGUCUGGGCGGGUGUGUUCAGCGCGGCCACCGGAAAGGGCCAGGAGAGGCGCUCCCCCGCCACCACUGCGCUUUGCCUCUUCAGGAUGAGCGAGAUCCAGGCGCGCGCCAAGAGCUGCAGCUGGGACUUCGAGGCGACCGAGCUCAACUGCAAAGAAGGGGAUCAACCUGAAAGAGUACAACCAAUCGCAUCAUCUACCCUGAUCCAUUCCGACCUGACAUCUGUUUAUGGCACCGUGGUAAUGAACAGGACUGUUUUAUUCUUGGGGACUGGAGAUGGCCAGUUGCUUAAGGUUGUUCUUGAUGAGAAUUUGACUUCAAAUUGCCCAGAGGUUAUCUACGAAAUUAAAGAGGAAACACCUAUUUUCUACAAACUCGUUCCUGACCCCGUAAAGAAUAUCUACAUCUAUCUAACAGCUGGCAAAGAGGUGAGGAGAAUUCGUGUUGCAAACUGCAGUAAACAUAAAUCCUGCUCGGAGUGUUUAACAGCCACAGACCCUCACUGCGGUUGGUGCCAUUCGUCACAAAGGUGCACUUUUCAAGGAGAUUGUGAACAUCCAAAGAACAUAGAAAACUGGCUGGAUAUUUCAUCUGGAGCCAAAAAGUGCCCUAAAAUUCAGAUCAUUCGAACCAGCAAAGAUAAGACUAUAGUGACUGUGGUGGGAAGCUUCUUUCCAAGACACUCAGAGUGUGUGGUGAAGACUAUGGAUGGCAGCCGGAAGCUUUGCCAGACUGAAAGUCAGGCAAACCAGACCUGCACCUGUAGCAUCCCAACCAGAGCAAUCUACAGAGAUGUUUUAGUUGUCAACGUGACGUUCUCCUUCAGUUCUUGGAAUUUAUCAGACAGAUACAACUUUACCAACUGCACAUCAUUAAGAGAAUGCCCAGUGUGUCUUGGAACUGGCUGUGCUUGGUGUAAAAGUGGGAGAAAGUGUAUCCACCCCUUCACAGCUUGUGACCCUUCUGAUUAUGAGAGAAACCAGGAGUUCUGUCAUGUUGCUGUUGAGAAAUCACCCAAGAUACCAGGUGGAGGAAGGUUCAAGGAGAUUAAGAAUAACAGAACCAAACAACAGGUCUUCUACAUUAAGUCCAUUGAGCCACAGAAAAUAUCGACCUUAGGGAAAAAUAAUGUGAUAGUAACGGGAGCAAACUUUACCCAGGCAUCGAGCAUCACCAUGAUCCUGAAAGGAACCAGUACUUGUGAUAAGGACGUGAUACGGGUUAGCCAUGUGCUGAAUGACACCCAUAUGAAAUUCUCUCUUCCAUCAAGCCGAAAAGAAAUGAAAGAUGUGUGUAUCCAGUUCGACGGUGGGGACUGCUCUUCUGUAGGACCCUUAUCCUACAUCGCUCUGCCACACUGCUCCCUUAUCGUCCCUGCUAUCACCUGGAUCAGUGGUGGCCAAAAUAUAACCAUCAUGGGCAGAAAUUUUGAUGUAAUUGACAACCUAAUCAUUUCCCAUGAGUUAAAAGGAAACAUAAAUGUUUCUACGUAUUGUAUGGCAACUUCCUGCAGGUUUUUAGCCCCCAGUUUAAAGAGUUCUAAAGCACGUGCCAAUGUCACUGUGAAGCUGAGAGUACAGGACACCCUCCUGGACUGUGGAACCUUGCAGUAUCUGGAGGACCCCAGGUUUACAGGGUAUCGGGUAGAAUCAGAGGUGGACACAGAAUUGCAAGUAAAAAUUCAAAAAGAAAAUGAUAAUUUCAACAUUUCUAAAAAAGACAUUGAAAUUACUCUCUUCCAUGGGGAAAAUGAGCAAUUAAACUGCAGUUUUGAAAACAUUACUAGAAACCAAGAUCUCACCACCAUCCUCUGUAAAAUUAAAGAUAUUAAAGACUCUGCAAACAAAAUUGUCAACUCAUCCAAGAAAGUUCGUGUCAAAUUGGGCAACCUGGAGCUCGAUGUCGAGCAGGAAUCAGUUCCUUCCACUUGGUAUUUUCUGAUUGUGCUUCCCGUCUUGCUAGUGAUUGUCAUUUUUGCGGCUGUGGGGGUGACCAGGCACAAAUCCAAGGAGCUAAGUCGCAAGCAGAGCCAACAGCUGGAACUCCUGGAAAGCGAGCUCCGCAAAGAGAUCCGUGAUGGCUUUGCUGAGCUGCAGAUGGAUAAAUUGGAUGUGGUUGAUAGUUUUGGAACUGUUCCCUUCCUUGACUACAAACAUUUCGCUCUGAGAACUUUCUUCCCCGAGUCAGGUGGCUUCACACACAUCUUCACUGAAGAUAUGCAUAACAGAGACGCCAAUGACAAGAAUGAAAGUCUCACAGCUUUAGAUGCCCUCAUCUGUAAUAAAAGUUUCCUUGUUACUGUCAUCCACACCCUGGAAAAGCAGAAGAACUUUUCAGUGAAAGACAGGUGUCUGUUUGCCUCCUUCUUAACCAUUGCGCUGCAAACCAAGCUGGUCUACCUGACCAGCAUCCUGGAGGUGCUGACCAGGGACCUGAUGGAACAGUCCAGCAACAUGCAGCCUAAACUCAUGCUCAGGCGCACAGAGUCCGUGGUCGAGAAACUCCUCACAAAUUGGAUGUCCGUCUGCCUCUCUGGUUUCCUCCGGGAGACUGUCGGAGAGCCGUUCUAUCUGCUGGUGACGACUCUGAAUCAGAAAAUAAACAAGGGUCCUGUAGACGUCAUCUCUUGCAAAGCCCUGUACACUCUUAAUGAAGACUGGCUCUUGUGGCAGGUUCCGGAAUUCAGUACUGUGGCAUUAAACAUCGUCUUUGAAAAAAUUCCAGAAAACGAGAGUGCAGAUGUCUGUCGGAACAUUUCAGUCAAUGUUCUUGAUUGUGAUACCAUAGGCCAAGCCAAAGAAAAGAUUUUCCAAGCAUUCUUAAGCAAAAAUGGCUCCCCUUACGGACUUCAGCUCAAUGAGAUUGGUCUUGAGCUUCAAGUGGGCACACGACAGAAAGAACUACUGGAUAUCGACAGCUCCUCUGUGAUUCUUGAAGAUGGAAUAACCAAACUAAAUACCAUUGGCCACUAUGAGAUAUCAAAUGGAUCCACUAUAAAGGUCUUUAAGAAGAUAGCAAAUUUUACUUCAGAUGUGGAAUACUCGGACGACCACUGCCAUUUGAUUUUACCAGAUUCGGAGGCAUUCCAAGAUGUGCAAGGAAAGAGACAUCGAGGGAAGCACAAGUUCAAAGUAAAAGAAAUGUAUCUGACGAAGCUGCUGUCAACCAAGGUGGCAAUUCAUUCUGUGCUUGAAAAACUUUUCAGAAGCAUUUGGAGUUUACCCAAUAGCAGAGCACCGUUUGCUAUAAAAUACUUUUUUGACUUUUUGGAUGCCCAGGCAGAAAACAAAAAAAUCACAGAUCCUGAUGUCGUGCAUAUUUGGAAAACAAACAGCCUUCCUCUUCGCUUCUGGGUAAACAUCCUGAAGAACCCUCAGUUUGUCUUUGACAUUAAGAAGACCCCACACAUAGAUGGCUGUCUGUCAGUGAUUGCCCAGGCGUUCAUGGAUGCUUUUUCUCUCACAGAGCAGCAAUUAGGGAAGGAAGCACCAACUAAUAAACUUCUCUAUGCCAAGGAUAUUCCAACUUACAAAGAGGAAGUAAAAUCUUAUUAUAAAGCAAUCAGGGAUUUGCCUCCAUUGUCAUCUUCAGAAAUGGAAGAAUUCUUAACUCAGGAAUCUAAGAAACAUGAAAAUGAAUUUAAUGAAGAAGUGGCCUUGACAGAAAUCUACAAGUACAUCGUAAAAUAUUUUGAUGAGAUUCUAAAUAAACUAGAAAGAGAACGAGGGCUGGAAGAAGCUCAGAAACAACUCUUGCAUGUAAAGGUCUUAUUUGAUGAAAAGAAGAAAUGCAAGUGGAUGUAAGCACUCGGGGGCCUGGCUUAACCUGGUAACGUUCUUCAGACGACUUGGGAGCAAAAUAGCUACUUGAGCUACACUGUCGUUAGUUUUUAAGUUUGCACAUAGGUUCCACUUUGAGCACUGUCUUUUCGAGAGACCAGGGCACAUGCACAGCUUUAGAAAGCAUACCAACCAUGGUGCCUGUGUGUAUACUGUGGGAACCCUUCUGUAAAUAAAGCUGAAGUGGUUGUUGCAAACAGCCUCGUUUACAGAGAAGACAGGGCCAGUAAGCAAGUGUCAGUAUUGUAAUUACAGUCUCCACUUAAGCACAAUGAUAUAAGUGGUUUUGUUCAAAAAAACUACAGCUAUGUAGCACUUGUGACUACACUGCACCUCUGCAGAAAAGGAGUACUGCCAAUGCUCAGAACAAAAAUGUGAAAUGAGUCAUUUGGAAACAGGUGGGGGUGUUAGGGCAACCUCGAGGAUUUGCAGCAUUGAAACUUUCCCCAGUAGUUCUUGGAAAAGCUGACCACAGAAUUUGGUAGUGUGUACACUUAGCAUUCGUGAGUGUGUGUGUGUGUUUAAACCAAAAACUAACAGUGUUGCAACAUUGUUGAAAGGGCUCGUGUUUUUCAGUGGUCACCAACUGCACUCCACCUAACUCACCUCCAUCUCACCAAGGAGCUCUAAAGCAAGGAGAGUGAGUGGGGCUUUAUUUGAAGGUAACAACCUUUUAUCCAGAUGUUUUGUCCUAAUGUAUGUUCCCUUUAUUUCCAUUUAUUUUUUCAUACUGAAUGUAUUUGAUAGUGGGUGUGUUGGGUAUUGUAAAAAAAAAAAAAAUCAUUUAUCUCAAUUUCAAAACAUUUGAUCAGAACUAUCUGUGGAAGCAUAAUUCACUCCCUCAAUCCUACAUUUCUAUACUAGUGUCUCCUUGCUUUAGACUUCUGGUGAAUCCUGUGGUUAUAAAUACUUGUGUGUGAUUUAAAAAAAAAGGAGAUACAUUUUACAUUUCAUCAAAUUGCUGUUCACACUGGAGUAUUAUAUAUAAAUAUAUAUAUUUGAGGCCCAAGGCCUGAAAAACAUUAGUAUACAACUUGGUAUCUUAGUCUUACUAUGUACUUUUUGAAAGUAUUCCUCAUGGGAGAAAGAAUUUAAAAUACCCAUUUUAUUCAUGCCUUUCUUUUUAAAGAAUUCCCUAUCCAGUUAUACUGUAGUCUUUUUAUUAGUAAUUUUUUAUUCCUGAAUUUUUGCUGCUCAUGACCAAUUUUAAUACCACUGUGUUUUCCUUCUAUUAAACCAGAAGUAACAAAUGAAAUUGGCAAUUCUCUCAAGCUUUUCUGGUGGCAGGCACCUUUUACCCUUGGUGCUCCAAAUCCCUUUUCUAUGAAAGAAACUGUUCAGGUAGCAAAUAAAACACUGACCACAUACCCCUUAAAAUCAUCUGUCAACACUGUAUGAAACAUCAGGAUUUAACCAUGAAUUCGUCUAGGACGAGCACAGUUCUUUUUUGCUCCUUAAGCAAGAGAGGUGAAACCUCAACAAACCAGUCA